UAUGUCUCUCGCCACGUGGUCGUCAAAUCAUGUUCCGUCGUCCUUCGUUCGUUUCGUGGCAUCGUCUGCCGUUCUCAAUAUUCGUUGUGGUUUGUAGUUGAUGAUGUUUCGUGCAACGGCUUUCGUAGAAAGGCAAAAAAGUUACUAGUACUACUCGCUCAGCAGUUCCUCGUUGUUUUUGUCGUCAUUCAUACUGUGAUGAAAGUUCGGGCUUCUACUUUUCAUUCCGAAAUUCAAAAAGUCAAACUUCAUGAUCGAACAUCGAGGUAUUUCUUCUCGCCCGAAUUCAUGCGCAUGAGCAGCAUCCCACCCAUUAUACAAUCCUAGAUCACCCUCGUCCAAGCUAGACCCUAGUAAAGUUCUGCCAAUUGUUUCAUUUUUCUCGUUAACGUUAUGACUUGCUUUACUCCAGUUUCGCAUCCUCUGUUUCUCGAAAAUUCUCGAGGUGUUGUAUCCGAUAGCACCGGUGACAACGAUGGGUCUUUCUUUUCUUGGAGACCCGGGUUUCUUUUCGGCGGCAACAGAAGCUCUGCAGAUUGGAACGAUGGCACAGUAGCUUACGUGAACGAGCCGGAGUACGAUUAUGAUAUUCACCAGACGCAGCGGCGCGCGAUACUUCUCUCCGCUACCGGCGGUAGUAGCGAUCCGGAGUUCGAUUUUAUUCGACUAGACGCCUCUGACGCGCACUACUGGGUGGUUCUCGGCAACGUGCCCCCCUACGCGGUUCCCGAGGUGCUUUCGCAGGUGCAGCGCUUCGUGCAUUGUCGCAUUGUGGCCACGAGGAGAGGGCAGAGUGUGUACGAGAUUUUCGUAAGAUUUCAGGAUUUGAUCGGGGUGCAGGAAGUGCUCGAACUGGACGGCCACUCAAUCGUCGUGCCGGUGCUACAAGUGCGAAGGCCCUUCGCCUCGGAGUGGCUCGCAAGUCAGAUGUCCACCUAUAACCCGCCGUCGUACCUCGCGCGCAUGAACCUUGCGAGGCCCGACAGCUCGAGAUUGAUGCGAGCGGUGAAACAAAUGGGCGACUGGUUUUUUAAGUAGGGCAGUAAAAGUAGAAAAAAUAUACGUUUACCGAAAUUUUCUGUUAGUUGGACCCCAUAGCGCUGGACCCCAAGCGCUGCAAAAGCACCUGGUGAUAAGAAGUGCGCAAUGCUAAAUAUUGGUGUAGAUGCAACAAACAAGCACUUUCGUAGAAGAAUCAAUCAGAAGCAGUCUUCUACACGCUAAACCUAAAGCAGAAAGGAAAAGGACAAAGACUACUACUAGUCGUCCUGUCACUUGUUUGACGCGCGCGCGCUGCUGUCGUUUGUGUUGCAACUGUGACUGAGUGGGAG